AAAUGGAUAAGAAUCAUACGCACACACAUGUUCCAGAUGCGAGUACAGGAUAUUAUGACGAAUUGGACAGUUUAUUCCAAGAAAAACCCGUAAUCACCUUCUGUAAAUUUCCAUCUUUAACAAUUCAAUUUUCAGUUGAAUUAUUUUACAGUACUCUUAGCAGCUUAAAUAAAACUCGCUAUCAAAAGAAAACUAACUGA